AACCGCACAAUGUAGCAUAAUUUAAAUGUAGGUGCCAAGUACCACAGAAAUCCCAAGUUUGAGGGCACCAACUUUCGAAGUGUUUGUCAAGCAGCCAUCAUGUGCAAUGAUCUCAUUUCAGAGUCACCUCAAGUAGAAUAUAAAAGAAAACUUAUGGCUACGGAACUCAGCAAUGCUACCCCAAGUGAAAUAUACCGCGGUAAUGCGGCACCACCAGCGGAACAUCGACCAUGGGAGCGUCUUUUCGACUUGAUUCAACUUCAAACGAACAGUGUGGAGGCGGACCUUCUUGCCAAAAAUGCACCUACAGAAGAUAUUCGCUCGCUGCUGUCUAUCACUUACAGCAAACGGAAGUAUCUCACUCGUGAAAAUUUUGUUGGGUUAUUGGGGUUAGAGCCGGAGUAUGACGCUGUAAGAGAAUUUUCUGCACAAGAGUUCUCACUUCUUAAGCAGCUUCGUGCUGAGCAGGUAGCUUCAAACCAGCCGUGGUCGAACAGUGAUGUAGUGUCCACGAUACUGUAUAAUUGUGCUGUGGAACGUCUGGACUAUAGUGCACUCAAUAUCCGGAAGCGAAGAUUUAGAGCUGUUUCUAGACGUAUACCAGCUAUUGAUGACCAAUUGAAGAAGAAACCUAUUGUCACUGGGCAGCGAAUCAUACUAACAACAGAAAAAAACAAUAUGUGA